AUGGCUGCUGCAGUUCAACAGCAACAAGCGAUGCAGAAGAACACUUUAUACGUAGGAGGUUUAGCUGAUGAAGUUAACGAAACGAUCCUUCACGCUGCGUUUAUACCUUUCGGCGACAUCAAAGACGUGAAGACUCCCUUGGACCAAGCUAAUCAGAAACACAGAUCCUUCGGAUUCGUCACUUUCUUAGAGAGAGAAGACGCUUCCGCCGCCAUGGAUAACAUGGACGGAGCCGAGCUUUAUGGCCGUGUUCUCACCGUCAAUUAUGCUCUCCCCGAGAAAAUCAAGGGUGGUGAACAGGGUUGGGCCGCACAUCCACUUUGGGCAGAUGCAGACACGUGGUUUGAGAGGCAGCAACAAGAAAAGGAAAUGCUGAAGAUUCAAGCCGAGAAUAAGGCUGCGAUGGAGACUGCUGAGGAGCUUCACAGGAAGAAAUUGGCGGAUGAUCGACAAGGCGAGACGGAGAUGGAAGAAGAUGCGGAUGUCAAAGAUGAUCCUAUGGCUAGAGCCGAGGCCGAUGCUCUAAGCCAGGUUAAAGCCCAAUGA